AUGUCUAUCAUAUCCACACAUGGCGACGAUAGUCAAACCAGCGAAGAUGUUGAAUUGGCUCAGUUGGUGUAUUCGAUACAAAUCGAAAAUCACCAAGAUGACAAUCCAAUGCCCCUUGGAAUUCCUGUCUACUGCGAUGCGGAACAAACAGCAUUCGAAGAAGUCGCUGGAAUUUGCCCGAACAAAGAUGAUCAAAGUGUUAAGUCGUUGACAAUUCGUUCGUUCACUAUCGGACUGAUAUUUCUUGGUGCAAUGUCAUUCUAUCAUAUGUGGUAUUAUGUUACUAAUCUGUAUAAUAUUAUUACUCCUGUUAUGGCUAUUUUAGCUGCACAUAUUCUUGGUAGAGUAUGGUCGAAGAUAAACGCCGACCCGUGGAGCAUGAAGGAGCAUACAAUCGUUUUGAUAAUGGCCAAUAUCGGAUGGCGAUUCGCCAAUGUUUAUGACAUAUCAGUGAUCAGUUAUUUAGAAUAUCAAGAGCAAAGGCCCUCUUUCAAGUUUGUUUACAUGUUCUUCUUUGUUGUUUCCAUCCAGUUUCUCGGUUUUGGACUAGCUGGUAUUCUUCGUCGUUUUCUCGUUUGGCCAUCAAGUGAAGUAUGGCCUUCGAAUUUUCCUUCCAUUGCUUUAUUACGCAUCUUGAAUCAGAAUCAAACUAAUGGUCGGUCGAAUGUAUAUGGCGAUUGUAACCAGUUGACUUUGGGGCAAAAGUUUCUUUCCAAUCAGCUUCUCUUCUAUUUCACAAUUAUGACCGCUCAGUUCAUUUUCUACUGGCUUCCAGGUUAUAUGAUUCCUGUGCUGAGCGGUAUGUCGUGGAUCUGUAUGAUCAAGCCAAGUG